GACCCGAACGCCCCAAAGCGUGGUCUGUCCGCGUACAUGUUCUUCGCAAAUGACCAACGUGAUAAAGUCCGUGAGGAUAACCCGGGCAUCAAGUUUGGUGAGGUUGGCAAGCUCCUUGGAGAGAAGUGGAAGGCUCUCAAUGAUAAGGGGCGCGCCCCCUAUGAAGCCAAAGCUGCCGCUGAUAAGAAGCGGUACGAGGAGGAGAAGGCUGCCUAU